UAGCGUGAUAAUGAAAUAUGUGAGCGCGUGCACCGCACCAUGCACACUGAUCUGUGUACAGAAAUACAGAUCAGCGACGGAUGCACCAUUGCAUAUGCGCAAUUAUAUCUACAUUAAAUCAGCAUGGGGAAGGAUAAAAGAACAAAGAAGGUUGCUACCAUGAAGCGCAUGAUAUCUCUGAAAGAUUCGAGAAUAAAAGCAAAGGACAGAGAAAAACCCAAGGAGAAACCCAAAUGGAAAGUAGAUAAAGAAAUGGCAUCCAAACUGAAAGAGAGGGAAGUUCCCCAGUACUCCUCAGCUCUCUUCUUCAAGUACAACACCCAACUAGGUCCUCCUUACUACGUCAUCGUAGAUACCAACUUUGUCAACUUCUCCAUCAAGAACAAGAUAGACCUUGUGCAAGGCAUGAUGGAUUGCCUCUAUGCAAAGUGUAUACCAUGCAUUACAGACUGUGUCAUGGCUGAGAUUGAGAAGCUGGGCAAGAAGUAUAAUGUAGCUUUACGAACAGCCAAAGAUCCAAGGGUAGAAAGACUGCCUUGCAUGCACACAGGGACAUAUGCUGAUGACUGCAUUGUACAAAGAGUUACACAGCACAAAUGUUAUAUUGUUGCAACUUGUGACAGAGAUUUGAAGAGGAGAAUACGAAAGAUUCCAGGAGUGCCCAUCAUGUAUCUCUCUCAACAUAGGUACACAAUUGAAAGGAUGCCAGAUGCCUUCGGUGCUCCUAAGGUAUGAUCAGAAUAUUGAAAAUAGUCUCUUAUUCCAGACUCACAUCUCAACUGGACAUUUGAUACAAUGACAGCAGCCCAUGACCACUUUUUACAAGGAUCAGGACCUAUCUUUGAGAUGGUUAUAAAGCUCUGAUACAACUAAUUCAGUCGGCUUAGUAAAAAUGUUGGUGCACGACAAGACAGCUGCAAGGAACUAUGUGGAAUGUACCUUCAACCGGCUUCUGCUUCAAAGGACUAAUUGAUCGCAAUCCUUUACAAGUACAGACUUUCCUGUGUGACUCUCAUUUUCUUGGAGUUUGUUAUCAGGCUCUGACGUUAGGAGAAUCAUCUUGGUAGAAAUAUUGUUGCACGAUAUGAUGUCUGCAAGGAAACUCAUGAGAUUAUGCUUCACCCUGCUUCCACAUUUAGUGAGGAGAUCUAUUUGUCUUCUUUCAAUACUUUAAAACAUGAAACAACUAGUUGGAGCAAUGAAGCAUUAUAAAUGGUGUCAUUCAGCUCUGAUUCACACAUAGGAAUGCUGAAUUGCAUACAAAUAAUGGGAAAGUUUCAAGAAAUUUCAAGUCAAAGUGAUUGCCAAUAAUCACCUCGCUUCCCCUCAUUAAAAUGAUGUACCGGUACAUGUAUCAGUUAUUGCACCCAGCCUGGGCCCUGUAAUCUGAUAAAAAAUGAAAAGUCUUUUAACCACAUGUCAUCCAAAAA